UACCGCCAGGAGGCAGUAAUGCGGCUGCAAAGAAGAAAAGUACCCAGCAACCUCGACGAAGAGGAAUGGGAGGAGGAAAAGUUGGAGGCCUCAUUUGGUUCCACACAGCUGGCUACAUCUGGAAUAACGCUUUAACUAGGCUUUAAAUAGCACUCGGCCUGGUUUUCUCAUGACAUCCUUCAAAACUGACUCCCACCUCGCAUUAUGUCUGAGAUGAGAGCUUCAACCCAGAGAGAAAGGAAGAAAAAUCUUCUGGAGGCCUACCUUCCUUUGAGGCAUCUGCUAAGAAGACUUCUGCUUCUUAUGGAGUAAAGAUACGGCAAGGAAUAUAUUCAGAUGAAAAAUGCUCUGAGUAUGAACAAAAGAGUCUGCGAGCAGAACUCCAGGACAGCAGAAACGUUCUUGUUUUAGUAGCAAAACAUCAAAAAAUAACAAGCAUCCCUAAAACACAGCAGCAAGAACGUCCCACUGUCCGGACGCUCCUGGACACCUGAUGUCCCACAGACCAAAGAUGGCGUCCGAGAACAUAAAGGACAGAACGCUCCAGCUGACCGUCAGGCUACAGGCUGGAGGAGAAGAGGAGGAGGAGCGGGAUGAAGAUAUCGGAGGUUUAAUCAACUCUGAUGGAGAAGUGGUUGAUUGGGAUGGAAGAAACACUUCUGACCAAGGCUGUGAUUGUGAAGAUGUGUCCCAAUGUAGGAAGAGAGUCAUUCUGUCUACAUCACAGCUGCAAGACCAAAACCAGAUGGACACCAGUGGUCCAACUGUCCUAGUGCAGGUUGUGUCUGAGGAGGAAGAUGAAGAGGAACCAAAGGAGAGAACCGUAAAGAUGAACGCUACCAAACCUUUAAGCUCUGGAAAGAGAUCAAAGCGAAAGAAAAAGAUUCUAGUGGAGCCUUUGGUGAAAUCAGACAUGAGAACAGAUGUUCCUGCAAAUGCUGCAAAGAGAAGAAGCAGAGGACACAUUUCUCAGCCUCCAGUGUCUGGUGAGAACGUAGAGGCAGAUCCAAGAGUGUCAAGGCGUAGCCAAAGAAAGAGAAAGAUUUGCACUUUAACUAAACCAGAGGAAGUAAGCCCAAAACCCACCCGGGUUGUUGCUGCAAGGCGACCUUAUAAAAGAAGAAAAGAUGCUAAACCAGUUGCAAAAGAAGGUGAAACCACAAGUGUGUCAACUGGAAAAAAACGCCCCGGAAGAAAGAUGGUUUGUUUUCCAAUAGAAAUCCCCCCUGAACUCCUAAAAACGCCCAAAGAGAAGAUUGAGUAUCGCUGCUCUGUUUGUGGCAAAGAGUUUCCCCACGCCUACAAACUAGAGCGACAUGAGCUGAUCCACACAGGAGAGAAACCCUACUGCUGCUCCCUCUGUGGUCGGGGUUUUAACCAGAAGGGAAACCUGAAAACGCACUUCAAAGUUCACCUCGGACGUAAAGGCACAGUCGACAAUGAAGUUGAGGAGAAUCCCUCUGCGUCAGAACUUUCAGACUACCUAAAGUCUCUGCCCGGAGAAUCCCAUGUCCGCUCAUCCUUCCUCUGCCUGGAUUGUGGAAAGGAGUGUGAGAGUCAAUCAGCUCUACAAGCGCACCAUAUCACCACUCACGGAGAGACCCCCACUGAAGCCAACACCGCCAAGCACAGCGCGUCACAGUUCCUCUUCUGCCGCCGGUGUGGCAUUCAGUUUGACGAUAAAGAAAAAAUGGAAGAGCACAUGAAAACUCACAUCAAGGAGAAGCCCUACCCAUGCCCUGAUUGCGGGAAGAGGUUCAUAAACGAGAGUUACAUACAAGUCCAUCAGCGCAUACAUACGGGAGAGAGACCAUUCCUCUGUUCACACUGUGGGAAAGGCUUUCACACCGCUUCCUCCCUCAAACUCCACAAGAUGCAGCACUCUGGGGAGAGGCCGUUUGCGUGUUCGAUUUGUGGCAAGACUUUUCGUAUUAACUCCUACCUAAAUGCACAUUACCAGACCCACAUCAAGGACAGGCCGUUCGUUUGUAGAGUGUGUGGAAAAGGCUACUCCCGAGCCGAGGAGCUGAAGGUCCACCUCAGGCUUCACACUGGAGAGCGACCCUACGAGUGCGGGGAAUGUAGGAAGAGCUUUAUUUACCGCCAAGGACUGCGACAGCACCAGCGCACGCACGCUGGGAGGCGCAUCGGGCCGACCAGACAGCUCGGUAGACCCAAACAGCAGGUCAAGCUGGAUAUUUAACAGCUGAUGCGUUUUAGUUGUUAACCGUGUUUGACAAUGUUGCAGUUGUUGCUCUUCCUCUUCCCCAGCUUUCUUCCAUUCCUCCCACUCAAAGCCAAAACACACACUGCUGAAAAUAUGAUUCCUGGCCAUCUAUUUGUGUUUCUUUUUUCUGUGUGUAUUCUGCUCAUGUUUAAUGUUUCCUCUUUGCUAGUAGCCCGUAUGUACAAUUUGAGUGCCUUUGUGUCCUGCAUGCCAAAAAAACAAAAAAAAAACGUUAUUGUUGGGGAUGAACCGAAAAUUUCCCCUGAAGGGCCUUUUCGGUUUUUGGCUGAAACACCUAAAUCACCGAGACAACACGGCCGCAUUAGGCCGUCAGGUGAACCCCGCUUUAGUUUCAUCUCGCUCUACCCUCAAGUGGCAACUUGCUCUUUGCUUCAUAAAAUUGUACAUUCGUACUGAUCUGAAAAGUAAAGUUUUCUCCUUUUA